AUGCAAAUAACUCCUAAACUAAAAACCUUCAUUUGGGAGCAUGGUAAGCUGCUUGCUAAUGUUCAAAGGCAGAUACGGAAUCUGACUACUCAUUGUCCUAUUUGUCCUGCUGAACCUGAAACUCUAGAGCAUUUACUCAUAAGCGCAGCAAGACUCAUAGAGCUUCUUGGAAGGAGUGGUUACGUCUCCUGUCUCAUGGUUACGUCCCGUCUGAUUGAGGUGAAUGAGAUAGCUGUACGGGUUGUCAUGCUGCUGGCUUUCUUGUUCCAUCAACGUCUCCUCCAGCUGAAAUGGUACACACAGUUGCAUGAUCGCAACCUCAAGGCUUCCUGGGUUGCUGAGAAGAAGGUGUUCCUUGCUUGUUCGCCAUUAUACAUAGCCGGGGGCUUCGUUGCUCUGUUCAUGAACGUCAAGCAGAACCAACUUCACAUUGUAAAGCAUUUUCUUAGGGGCUGUUUAAGAUCCUAUGCCGGUCUAGUUCUUGAUUGCUUUGUUUUCCCUCAAGUCCUCCUCAACAUUUUUCUCAACUCAAAGGAAAGUGCUCUUUCUUGGUAA